AUGGGUCAGCUACCUGCAGCUAGAGUAAACCAGUCUCAUCCAUUCCAGCACUGUGGAGUAGAUUAUGCAGGCCCUAUUGCUGUAAAGCAUGGUGGAAGGCAGAGUAAAGUUACCACCAAGGCUUAUAUUGCUUUAUUCGUUUGCAUGGCAACCAAGGCCAUGCACUUAGAAUUAGUUAGUGACUUGGUAACAAGUUCAUUUUUGGCCGCCCUCAGGAGAUUCAUUGCAAGAAGAGGGAAACCUUCUCACAUGUACAGUGACAAUGGGACCACAUUUGUAGGUGCAGACAAUGAGCUUAAACGUUUUCUCUCAAAUGAUGCUACUGUUGAAAGUGUGGUGAAUUUUUCGACCUCAGAGGGAAUCAGUUGGAGGUCCACUCCACCUCGUGCCCCUCACUUUGGUGGUCUCUGGGAGGCAGGAAUCAAAUGCAUGAAGUCACAUCUCAAACGCGUCAUUGGCAAUGCAGUACUGACAUUUGAAGAACUGACUACUGUGUUAAUUCAGAUAGAAGCAUGCUUGAAUUCAAGGCCAUUGUGUCUUCUAUCUGAUGACCUAUAUUCUCCUGCUGCUCUCACUCCUGGUCAUUUCCUAAUUCGACAACCCCUUUGUGCUCAUCCUGAACCCUCUCUCUGUCCUUGA